AUGAGAGGGUGUAAGAGAAUUGCUGAGGUGGCGGCGGAGGAUGGCAUCAGAAUGACGAGAACUAGAACAGCACUAGCCGCCACUACUACGGUGAGUAAAAGGAGAAGAGUUGAUGGAGGAGAAUUGGAGUUAGCCACAAAUUUAGUUCAGCUCGAAACUCAAACCCUAAGCAUAAUGACGCCGGAGAAUUCAGAUUCCGGAAAUUCGACAUGCGAGAGUUUUAGUUCCGAUCAUGUUUUAGCAUCUUGUUGCUCAAGCAAUGAAAUCAAUGAAGUGGUGAAAGGGAAUUCGAAAUUUUCAGAUCUGCAGGUAAAUGUUUAA